GAGUGAAGCCGACGUACUCACCGGACGAGACCGAACGCACACAAGGCCGCGCGUCGGUCGUCGUGUGUUUCGUUAGUCUCUUCCUUUUUUUAUCAAAAUAUCAACAGUGGAACAGAUUAUGAUAGGGACCAUUAUGCGCUUAGAACCCAGCGUGAAAACAUCGGAAUCUCGGGCAUCAGUACGCCGCGGUUGUUGAGCCGCACGAGAUGUUGCACCGUUCCGCGACUAUCGCGUGAUUAGUAGCGAUCGCUCCAGCAAGUGAAAGUACUAGCUCCCGGGGAGGCACGCGCGUGUUUUCGUUGGUGACUUCGGUGGCCCGGAUCGAUGCCCGGUUCCAAUUUUCUUUGGCGAUUAUAAAAUGCUGACCGCUUAGUGAGAUGGAACUAUCGUGCGAUUAGCGGCAAUCGGAGCCAGUCCAAAGUGUGCUUUAUUUUGUUCGGGCUUUUUUGUCUUCGACGGUAUGACACUCGGCAGUGGAGUAUGAAGCUGGUGCUUCCGGAAUCUAGUGGUUGGUAAGGUGAGAGGAGCUGGGUAUCUCCACUGAUUUGGGUGGUGCGUGUGUGUGUAUGUGUAUCGGAUUGCAAGAAUUGCUGGCUAGAAACAAUUAACAGCACGAUAGUGACAGGCGUGAUAAGACCCCCUUGAAAACCACACGCUCCAGAUCUUGGUGCUCAGUGUUUAAGAUUUUGAAGAAAACAAAAAGUUCAUUAAAGGGCAAAGUUAAGAUAAAGUGAAGUUUUUGUGAAGGAGGAGGAAACCCCCGAGACCAAAUAGUCUAAAGGUCUAAAGGUUUGGUGUCUUGAGUAAACGGAGUGUAGUCCCUGCCGGAACGAUGGACAUGACGACGUCGAAACAUCACAGCCCCGCCAGCGAACACAUCAAGCGGCCGAUGAACGCGUUUAUGGUGUGGUCGCGCGGCCAGCGGCGCAAAAUGGCCCAGGACAAUCCAAAAAUGCACAAUUCGGAGAUUUCGAAAAAUCUCGGCGCCCAAUGGAAGCUGCUGACCGAGGGCGAAAAGCGACCGUUCAUCGACGAGGCGAAACGGUUAAGAGCGCUCCACAUGAAAGAACAUCCCGACUACAAGUACCGGCCCCGGCGGAAACCGAAACCGCUGGUCAAAUCGCCCACACCGAACGGAGUGAACCACGGAGCGACCGGAAACGGUCCAGCCUCGGUCAAGGAACCGGCACCCCAAUCACAGUCCCCCGUCGGUCGGACAUCGUUCAGCCCGACCCAGCUGACAACGCCGGUCGGCCUGCCGCCCGGCAUCUUCCCGUCCUACCACUUCGCCUACGAUCUGCACCAGAAAGCGUUCUGGAACCUGUACGGACCCCAUCUCCUGUCGUCCGUCGUACCGUCCGCGUAUACCGUGCCUCCCCAUGCUGCCCUCCCGCUGUCCUACAUUAAACCGCCCAAGACGUCACCGCCGUCCCCGAUGGCACCACCCUCGCCCAUCCAGUCGAGCAACAUCAUCUGACCUACGCCACUGCGCUACAGCGCCGAACCUAAUGUCUAGCCAAUUUGACGGUAGCAACCUUUCUCUCAACUCCCUCUCCCCUUUUUCUAGGAGAUACAUAUCGCGGGAACUUGCAUUAUCGCCAUAUCAAAUGCCUGUGCAACAUGUAGAGACUUUGUUUUUUUCCGCUCACAUCACACCAAACCAGUAGUAAGACCGUUCUGCAUGACAAGAUGAUGGGUGGGUUUCGUGCGUGAGGGAAAGACCAGUUGGAGAAGGGACAAAAAGGAGAAGUUAUUUAUUACUAUCGGCACAAUAUAUCCUCUCUCUCUCUCUGGGUUCGUUUUUGUCCACUUUGAAUCGGCCCCCUAACUCACACGCACAAUCAAUCGUUGUCUAUCGUUGUAAGACUUUCUUGAUGGUAGUGUUUAUUUAACCAAAAAAAAAAACUGAUCAACUGGUAAUCUGGACAUCAGUUCAGCAAACCAACUGCAUCUAUCUCAUGCGAAAGGCACGUGUAAAAAAUGAAGUAAUAGCCUCCCGGGAGUCCUAUGCUCCUGCGAAGGCGCGUUGUAAUAUGUAAUAAGGCGAUAGGGGAAAGGAAAAGGCUCAAAAACAUGUAAAAUGCUGUUUAUCUGUAUCUGUAUGGUUAGAGUAAAUAAGACAACAAAACAACACAGCUCACUGUCCAAACAUGUCUCAAAAAACAAAGCAAAAAACCGAAACCCCCUUUUCGUGAGCACGAAACAAUUGAAACCUGAGGAACGGUCGUUAAAUGACUAACGCUGGCCAGCAAACUGCGAAUGGGGCUGGUUGGCUGAACUCGCCUCGUCGUUCCAAUCCAGGCCCUCGUCAACCCUUUUGCGUUAACGUAAUACACACACACGCACACUGUUAAAAAGCGGAAUGAUAAGGGAUUGUGUACAUUGUGAUAAGGACAGAUGUAGACGAACAAAAAGGCCAUAUCAACGAGUGAAAGCAAAUACCCACAUAUAGUUGACCGCAUUUUACUUGCCCGUAGCGACAGGGGGAAAGAAGCACAGAAAACACACGGUUUGGUUUACGGGGCGACGGUGUUUCGAAGUGGCUUUUUUUUGUUUGUCAUUUAAUAAAAAGUGGGAUGGUUUCGGUUUUCUAAGCGUAAAGCCCAAAUUAUGUUGCUCAAUUUAUUUAUAGCCGCACUACUACUACUACAACUACUACUACUAACAGCCCAGUGAAUUUAAAAUCCCAGUACGACGACGGACACAACAGGGGUUGCUCCAACGGUUAAUCAAAAUUGUUACUUAUUAUUACUAUUAUUGUGUAUGCUUAGUUAACUCACGACGUUUAAAUAUCUUUUUUUUUUGUGUACAUUUUAAGACAAAAAUCCAAUGGGCGGCACAAGGCAUGCGGUCACGAUCGGUCGGCCCCUUAACCCAUUGCAGAGGCUCUCUCUUGUCAGUGUUUAGUGUUAUACACUACCAAUAAAGACAGUUUUAAGUAAAUCGAAA